GCCCAGCAAACUGAGACAGGCGCAGUGCGCGCGGACACCAGCGCAGCACACCAUUGGCUGAGACCGCAGCUUUACCUGUAGGAAGGUGUGCCAACCAGACAGACAGCAGGAUGAACUUUUCUUUGCUCUGAUCCACUACAGGGAUUUGAAUUCAUGCUCCUAAGAUCAUGGAGCCCGUAUCGUCUUGGACCACCGAGAGAGUCACCGAGUGGCUCAAAGGUCUGGAUGCUCCUCUACAUCAGUACUCGUUGUCUGAGUGGCAGCUCUCUGGCUCAGAUCUGCUGCAACUUUCUUCUUCCAGGCUGGAGAAACUCGGAGUGCAUAAAAUCGGACAUCAGGAGCUAAUACUAGAGGCUGUGGAAAAACUCUGUGCUUUGACAUACAGUGUUGGGGGUGACAAUCUGCGCAGUUUGACGGAAAAGCUUCGUGCAGUGGCUCACACUCUACAGAUGAGCAUACAGGGGCGUUGGCGUGUCAAUACCAUUGACGGACAGAGCACCACCAAGCUGCCACAACAGGUACUGCAGGCGGUGGUGGACGUUAUCACAGCAUCCAAUGGACUUGCGUCUAUGCUCAGCAGGUAUCAGUUUGCACAGCAGACUGGAUACACAGCAAAUGAGAAAGUCACCACUCUGUGUAAAGAUCUGGAUAACACAGUGCAUAAGGAAACCGCCGUGUUUGAAAAAGAGAAGGACAUCAUCUCCAUAUGUCGUCAGUUGGUAGCAGUGUGUGAUGAGAUUUUGACUGUUAGUCCGUUGCCUCUUCUUACUCAUACUGCACAGCUGGAGAGUGUUGACCUGGUCCCAGCCUCACCAGGAGAUCACGUGGGAAUUGAGAUCACCACCACAGGAUCCAGAAAUCAUUUUGUCACUGGAACAGCAGCUGAGUCUCCUACAGAGAUCUCUGAGAAGAUUUUAGCGGGAGAUGAGGUCAUUCAGGUCAACGGACAGAUAGUGGUUGGCUGGAGCAGGACAAACCUUGUUAAAAAACUGGAGGAGAAUCCAAAUGGAGUAACUCUGGUUUUGAGGAGGCUUCCAGGUUUCCUGAAACGCAAGGAGAGCCGAGCCAAGUCUGAGAGAGAGGAGGAAGAGGAAGAAGAGGAAGAGAAAAACAGACAUUCUCUUUUUGGGAGGGUGGCAGCUUCAGUCCGUUCUCUGUCCUUCAGUGAGGACAUACGAGUACUCCGCUAUCUCAGAUCAGCAUCAGACGGCACACAUCAUUUCAGGCGGGAGAAAUCAGCGCUCUCUAGUGAUCAAAGCUCUAAUGAACAUCAGUCAAACACCUUAAAACCCCACCGGCCAGGGUCAGACUCUCAGCGUGUGAGUCGAAACAGUUUGGAAGUCAGUUCAUCUGCUGAAAGGAGUCCGUCCCCAAUAGACCAGGAGCUUAAACGAGCCAGUACCAGCUCCUGUCCUGACAUGGCAGGACUAAGAGAUGAAAAGGAGAACAAGAAGAGCUCUACUAAAGGGACACGGACAGCGAUGAGCCGCAGGAGGGUGUCCUGCCGUGAACUUGGCCGCCCAGACUGUGACGGCUGGCUCUGGAAGAAGAGAAAAGAAGCAAAUGUCUUUAUGACUCAGAAAUGGCAGAGAUUUUGGUUCGUCCUGAAAGGUCCUACACUGUAUUGGUAUACCAGCCAACAGGAGGAGAAGGCGGAGGGCUUAAUCAAGAUCGGCAGCUACAGUAUAGAGAGCGCAGGAGAACACAAGAGGAAGUAUGUAUUUAAAAUGUGCCACCAGCGCUUCCAGAAUUUUUUCUUCGCUGCUGAUAAUGUAAACGACAUGAGCAAAUGGAUUAAUUGCUUAAUCGCAGCCAUUCAGAAACACAAGAAACUUGUCCAAAGUCAGCCAGACAGUGAAGAAGACUGUUACAGUGAAACCGAAUCUGAGGAGGAAUCAUCACGUUCACCACUUUCUCAUCGGAAGAAACUCAAUACGAAAACUCAAACUCAAUCAAACACACUUCCUCGAACAAAGGGUAAGCAGAACAGGAUGUCAGAGCCACUAACCAUUUCACAAGCAGGGGGCAGUAAAAUUGCAGGAAAUGUAGAUGAGAUGGAUGAAAUGUUCCAUAGCCUGAAGAAAGGAGGAGUGUCUCUGAUUGGUCAGAAUCAGCCGACGACUCACGACCAGCUUCGUAAAUCCUUCAUUAAACGCAACAAAAACCCUGUUAUCAAUGAGAAGAUACACACACUCCGUGCCCUCCAGAGCACACUCAAGGCGAAGGAGGCGGAGCUUCACCUGAUCAACAAGAUCCUAGAGGAUUCUGAGUUCUCAGCGCAGAAGUUCCGUCAGUGGAAGCAGUUCAAUGAAGAGCUGAUGCAGGACAUUGAUAGACAGCACAAACAGACAGAGUCGCCAAGCAUAGACACGGCAUCCAGGGCCAACGACGAGGCAAGCGGACUGUCCCUGAGUGAUGGAGAACAGUUGGUAGAUCCAGAGACACCUGAUGACGGACGUUCCACUCUUACAGAUGAACAGGCGCUGAUGCAAACGCAUACCACAGUCAUGGGCGAAACACCUACAGAGAACUACUUUUACAUAUGACUCUUGUACAGAAUGUGCAAACACAACCGCUUUCCUCCUGUACUGUAUUGAAACAAAAGUGCAACACUGGGACAAAUGCGUGGAGCUGAAUUGCAGCCAUCUGGCACAGAGCGAUGGCUUUUUCACAAGAAGUAAGAUCUGUCAUCUGGAGCUUUUCACAACAACUAUGUACUUCUGCUGUACAUUCACUAUAAAUGGAAUGUAUGCCGAACUGCAACAUGCUGGCAAAAGAACAAAUCUAACUUUAGGCACUUGCUAAAGGAAGUUUAUUUUACAAAUGUAUGUAAUUUUAAAAAUAUAUUUUAGAUUAAUUAUAUUAUUAUGAUGCAUAUUUCUUUUUACUUUAAGUAUGUGUGUGAGGUUUUCUUAAGUAUGUUUUAUGAAUGUUUUACGAUACGAUAGAAAAGAAAGUAUUUCUUUUAUAAAAAUGUAUACUUUUAUUAUGUAGAAACUUUCUGACAUUGCAGAUCCUGAAAACAAGUUUAUCAGGCUCAAAACUAUAUUUCCUGAGGAAAAAAAAAUGAAUACCUCAUCCUCUCAUUGCGUUUGUAUUAAAUGCCCAACGUUGGUCAUUUUCCCAGAAUUGCCACACAGUGGCGCCCUGUGUUUUGUUCACAAAGUGUAGUGUAUGCCAGCCACCUGUUCCUUUUCUUUCAGUGUUUUUAUUCCAACACUGUGUAUUCAUGCAUAUAAUGGCUGCAUGUUUAUAUAUGUUGUUGCAUUCUCUUUUAUUUUAUUCUAAAAUAUCACCGGCCAAAUAGCUUGAAUUUUCCUUCUUUCUUUUUUUUAAGUUGAUCAAAGACAAAAACUGGUUAUAUAAAGUCAAACUCAUAAAGCUAAACUCAUCUCUACGAAGAGAGGAGUAAGUGUUAAAUGACUUGUGUGUCAUGCUCAAGUCAUUUUGGAAUCCCAGAAUAUUAAUAAUUUAUUUCAUGUUGCUGUUUUAAUUUUUUUGUUCAUACAAUGUAUAGUCGUAGAUUUAAAAAAUGAAAAAAGAAAUAGAAAUUUAUCCCUUAUGUUUAUAUAAAGUGUACAAUUACUUUGUCUAUGCAGAGCCAAUGCUUAUCUCAUUUCAUCAGCUCCUCUGAAAUUGGUUUAAAUGCUCAUUAAAUAGUUUUUUGGGGGAAAAAGCUAAUUUAAUUCUGAAACACUUUACUUAAAGCCUUUAUAUACAGAAUGAUGCAUUAUAAAAGUAUUUUUAAUGCAUUGAUUCUACAUUGUAAUGCAUUGUAUGGUUUCAUGAAUAAUUGUAACCGCAGUUAUAAUACAUUAUAAUACUUAUCUAUUUAUUGAACAGACCUUUAGAAUGUAUAAUGCAUUAAAGCAUAUGACAAACAACCAAUUUUAGAUGUAACAAGGAAUCUGAAAAUAUUAUGCAUUUCACAUUUGGUUACAGUUAUGAAAAGUUAUAAUGUACUUUAUGAAUACAUUUAUAAUGCAUUAUACAUAAAGGCUUUAAGCAUUAAUUCUUACCUUACAGUAAUUCUGAUGUGCUAAUAAACCAUUAAACAAUGUUUUCCUUCUUGCACA